AUAAAUAAAUAAAUUAAUUAUUAUUGGGUGUCUAAGUGUCAACCUAUUAAAAAACCGGAGUCUUUGUAGCUUUUUGAACGUAUAAGUGUCAAACAGUCCCAUAAUCAACAACGAAGCCUCGUCCUCGAGGUAUGUGUUUUUCUUUUCUCUCUCUAUAUAUACAUACCAAUCUAUACAUAUAGAGAGAGAAACAGAGAGAGAGAGAAAUGCCUAACCAGUGUGCGAGAAAGUGCUGCCAUUGUGGGCAGAAGGGGCAUAACUCCAGAACCUGCACCAUCAAAGCCUGUGUUGGUUUCAAGUUAUUCGGCGUGCAAAUCGAUGUCCCCGCCGGAGAUGACGGCGGCGGAGGCGGCGGCGCCGCCGCCGCGUCGUCCACCAUCAGAAAGAGCAAGAGUCUCGGCAAUUUGGAGGCAUGCAACCCCGAGGGCGGCGGCGGCGCCGCCGCGUUGGAGGAUUCUGGGUAUCUCUCCGAUGGAUUGAUUCAUCAAUCGUCUAAAUCGCUCGACAGAAAGAAGGGGAAGCCAUGGUCAGAAGAAGAACACAGAUCAUUCUUAUUGGGAUUAGAGAAAUUAGGGAAAGGUGAUUGGAAAGGAAUAGCUAGCAAAUAUGUGCCAUCAAGAAAAUCUUCACAGGUUGCUAGCCAUGCACAGAAAUACUUUAUCCGAAAAGCCGGAAUCGAAAAGAGAAGACGAAGAACAAGUGUUUUCGACAUUCCUCUCACUGAUUCGAAUCAAUCGUCAUCCCAAGUGAUUCCGGGUUCGCAACCUGAUAAAGCUGCUGUCGAAAGUUCGCAGCCGGCUGCUGCUGUUGUUGCUUCUUCCUCCUCGAAGAACAUGGCUGAACCGAACGGACAGGCUACUAACAAACAACCACUGCCAGCUCAUGUUGCAACUUCUGAAAGGCCCCCUCUUUCACCUAUGAAAACACACGGAUUUGUCGAUUUCCGUGGUACUUUCUACAAGCCAUAUUGGGUUCCAGUUGUGAAUUUUCCGAGCCAGAAUAGUAGUGGUGUAUUCAUACCGAACAUGCAUGGGGCUUUAUCAGCUUGCACAGCUUUUGUGCCUCAGCAGCACUCGGCGGCUGCAUGGCGGCAGCCGCUAGGGCAGCCGAGCUUUUCUCAGGCGGGAUCUGCCGCUCCGAUACCCAAUAACGACGAGUUGAACCUCAACAUUAGGAAGCUGGCAUUGCAGUGAUGUGCUGUCAUUUGGUCAUUUGUUGCUUGUUACAAUCUUAGAUAAACAAACAAGCUCAUAGAAGACUGACAUACAGUGAUGUGCUAUUCUUUUUUUCUUUUUUCUUUUUUCUUUUUUCGUUAUAUUAGUUCCUAUUUUUUUUGUUCCGGAGUUGUCGUAAAUCUACUGUGGAGCCUCGUAUUCCGGUUUAUAGUUUGACUGAUAUGAUAUAAUAAAACUCACAAUACUUAUAUCUCU